UACAAAUUCGGUCACGUGACACAAUCAAAACUUUGGAUACAGAGAUACUGAACAGAAAGUAAAAGUUACGGAACGGGCAGAGAAGGAAACUCCUCACCGACGAGUUGCAGAUCUUUGCAUCCUCUAUCAGUCACAUUCCUAAAUCAGGAUGCCAUUGCAGUUCUCUGGCUGGGAGGUGGUCGACGAUGGUGCUUCCUUUCCUGGUGUGGAGCUGACGCCCUCCCAGAAACCCCAACAACGGGGCGUCUACACUAUGUUCCAUGGGACCAGUGUGACCAGCGCACGGCUCAUCAUUGCCAAUGGUUUUAAGCAGUCAACAGGUGGCAAUCUUGGAGUAGGUGUGUAUGUCAGUCGUGAUAAGCAAAAGGCGGCUCGUUAUCCAUUGAACUGUCAGAAUACAGAUCGUGUGAUCUUUCAGUUACGUGUGCGUCCCGGUCGUGUCAAGCGUAUUGACCCGUUGAACCAUCCUAUGCAAUUCACCUGGCACGCAAAUGGCUAUGACACUGCCUGGAUGCCCCCCAAUGUGCUGGGCCUGGAGGAGGACUGUGUGUUUGACCCCAAAAGAGUGGAAGUGGUAGGCAUUGCAAACGCGCCAAACCCCACCAUACAGGCUGAACUUGAGCAGCUUCUGGCAAAAACAUCCAAAAAACCCGAAGGAGGAGGUGAUGCCACUGCUGCUGCUGCUGCUGCUGUGUGUUCACUGUGCAAGAGAAAGACCCAGCAGGGUUCUCCACACAUCAAGCAACAGUGCUGGGACUGUGGGAAAAACAUCUGCAUUCUCAUGAUCCAGCAUUUCUGUCCAGCCAAACCCGGACCGGGGGGAGGGAAGAAGAAAGUUUGAAAUGUCGGAGAGUGAUGCUAAAAUAAUCUGCGUCAAUAUGGCCUUUGCAUAUGCUGGAGUAGAUUAGAACAAUAGUUAGUAACUCAGGGUUCAAUCAUAUCAUUUGUAAACAUGACUCAUAGUCUCAGUCUUAUCCUUCCUUAAAGCAAUGAAUAUGUUCAAUUAAUUUACUGCAGGACAUGUUUUGGGGGGAUCUCUGUAAGUGAUCUACAAAAGUUGUAUCUUCUUUUACAUCGACUUACUCCUGUCUGUCUUGGAUAUUUCGAAAAACGUGAUAACACUAUCCUAUACCCUAUACUUACAUAUACUGUCAAUGGAUAACACUCAUGACUUUGAUUUACUGUAAUUAUUUAAAUUUACUGAAUACUAAAUUAUGUAACAGAACAAAAGCCAAUAAAUGUUGUUGUUAUAUUAUCAGACCCACAA